CCUCCCUGGACUCGACCCGGUUGAUUCCCAAUGUCCACUUCCCCAGAUAAUGACUCCGCAUAUCAUGACCUCGCCCGGGUUUUCUCGGCCAGGCGCAAGGACAACAGUGUCCUAGAGAUCGAAAUCCUUCCUCCCGGUCUCGGCCCCUUCUUACACGAUGAACAUUCGAUCGGAAUCACAAAGAAACACCUGGUCAAGGCUUUUGUGACAGCCAGACAGUUGUUUUUCAGAGCUUUAAACGGGCCUUCCAAUCUACACGAUGACGGCAGCUACGACCACAAGCCCAAGACCCCGCAGAGCGGAUCCGAAAUCGAGAAACCAAGGGACACCCUCCUCACUCCCACCGAGAUAAUCCUCCUCUUCGACUGCGAACACCUGACAGCAUGUAACUGGCGCAAAAGGCGGCUGGCCGCUUUGAUCCAGCGGCACGAUUCGACCGAUGCCGACCAUGUCCGCUCCGAGACACUCACUCGGGAGUUGGAGGCGGAACUCUCCCUGAUGACGACCUAUCUUUGCUCUCCGCUGCAUCGCCAUACUAAGUCGCCGACACUAUGGGGUCAUCGGCUAUGGGUGCUGACCCGCUUGCUCCGUGUUCGAAGGCGAAGGCUGGCUCAGAAUACGGGUGAGGAGGAAGAAAGCAACGUGGAGCUGGAGUCAACCCUGGAGGUGUUGAAGAACGAGUUACAUAUUGUCUUUCGUUCGGGAGAGCGGCAUCCCAGAAACUACUACGCUUUUACAUACAUAAGGCAGCUCCGUGAGCACCUCUCUGGUGUUGGUGGAGACACCAGAGCCACCACAGACCUGAGCAGAGUGUCAACGUUCCUAGCAAGGUCGAUCCUGGAUUCCGUACUGGAUUGGUGUCUAGCUCAUCCGAGCGAUAUUUCGGGUUGGUCACUUACUCUCUAUCUACUUGAGAGUGUUCAUGAAGAAGAUGUCUGCACCAACAGCAUUGACCGAGUGGUGCGAUUCGCGCUGGAUGUUGGCUGGGAAGGUGAGAGCCUCUGGACGGUUGUGGAUUUGGCCACUAAACUUGUCGGAGCCGGAGAGUUGGUCAGAAACCAGCGAUCGAGGCCUUCGUGGGAUAUGUUGGUAGCCCCGGCCUUGUCAGACACCGGGGCGGAGACUGGGUGGAAGAGCUGGUUGGGUAGGGCAAGGUCUACUUGGGCGCCCGAUGCCACAGCCGGUAAUGAGACCUGCGAGUCGUAGAAAGGAUGAGACGCAUGUCCGGGGGUAUGUUGUCAUGAUUUGUUUAUACUUUGUACACCCAUCUAUGGUAGGGUUAUAAUCUGGUGCAAGCCCCAUGCGCCAUCUUUAUAUGCAAAACUCGAACUUUGUCGAGUCAAAUAAACGCCUUGCU